AUGAUCGGGCAAGGCGCACUUAUGAUCGCACUCUUGUGGGGUCUGUCGCUCAUGAAAACCCGAGUGGGUCGAGUUGGGCACACGACACUCUGCACCGCCGACCACGAGCAACACAUGCAUGGGAAUCUCCACGUCGCCAUAGAGCUCAACAGCAUGGAUCGCAUCAGCACCCGCAAGCCCAUGCACGUACGUCUUCCGGGGGAUACACCCACGCAUCUCCCCAUGCACGGAGAGCGACCGGCGGUGGAGGAUAUUCACACAUUCCACGACAAGAUCCGAAUUCCCCACUUUCUAGGCUAG